CCGCUUUGGUGAUGCGGGGACGGGAGCGCGCCCGCUCGCGCGUCCCCGGGGAGAACCACGGUGCGCGCGCCCGGACGGGGGGGACGCUCCCUCAGCUGCUGCCAUCGCUGCCAGCUUCCCCCCCGCCCUCCUCCGAGAGGGCUCCGGGCCCUGCGCGGCUCCGACGGGAACCCCAGGCGGGGACGAUUCCCGUUAGAAGCCCUGGCACAUAAAGAAAAGUUGUUUCUGGUGGACAAUGCUCAGAGACACUAUGAAGUCUUGGAGUGACAGCCAGACAGAUGUUUACAGCAGUGACCAAGAAGAGGAAGAAGAAAUGAUCUUUGGAGAAAAUGAAGAUGAUUUGGAAGAGAUGAUGGAUUUAAGUGACUUGCCUACCUCACUCUUUGCUUGCAGUGUGCCAGAAGCUGUGUUUGAGGUACAAGAAGAAAAGGAAAGAUUUGAAGCACUUUUCACGAUCUACGAUAAUCAAGUUACAUUCCAGUUGUUUAAAAGCUUUAGAAGAGUAAGGAUAAAUUUCAGCACCCCAGAGGCAGCAGCAAGAGCACGGAUAGAAUUGCAUGAGACAGACAUCAGUGGGAAAAAGCUGAAGUUGUAUUUUGCACAGGUCCAGGUGUCCAGUGAAGUAGGAGACAAGUCCUACCUCCUUCCCCCAGAACCUGUCAAACAGUUCCUGAUAUCGCCUCCUGCAUCUCCACCUGUUGGAUGGAAGCAAAGUGAAGAUGCAACUCCUGGAAUAAACUAUGACUUACUCUGUGCUGUUUCCAAAUUGGGGCCAGGAGAGAAAUAUGAGCUUCAUGCAGGAACGGAGUCUACUCCUAGCGUAGUCGUUCACAUUUGUGAAAGUGAAACAGAGGAGGAGGAGGAAAUUAAAAAUCCAAAACAGAAAAUCCUUCAGACAAGGCGCCCAGAUCCUACUCCAACAAUACUAACUGGAAUCAAGAUGACGACAGCUGCACCACUGGGAAAUAAUACCCUGUCUUCAACAAAUGUGACCACAAAGUCUCAAGAAGAAAUUCUUUAUCAGAGUUCCGGAGCAAUCGUAGCUGCCAUCGUAGUUGGAGUGAUUAUUAUAUUCACAGUGGUUCUGCUCAUGUUGAAAAUGUAUAACAGACGCAUGAGGGCAAAACGAGAGCUGGAACCCACAAGCACCAAAGCCAAGACUCCUCCUGCUUUGGGACAGAACAGUACCAAUGCUAACCAACCCACAACAGUAACUAUCAUACCAGUGGACAUCCAUAUGCAGAACAGAUGACUGUGGACAUUGGCCCUACCUAUGAGAGAUCACUCUCCUUGAAGAAUGAGACAUGAUAACUAGACUCUUUAUUCACGUAGACCUGUGACUCUUUACCAGAGGAGGAUUGGCACUACGCGUGGAGUUGAAACUAAGGAUUAUGUGGGUAACUGGCCACAUUUUCCUUUAGUAGAAGGAAAAAAUAAAAUGCUGAGCACUUUUGUAUGGCUGAUCUAACAAUGUGAUGGCAUCAUAUCAGCAGGAACAUGAAGAGUCAUAUUUUCUCUGUAGAAGUUAAGUGGCAACAAAUGGCAAAAAUACUCUUUAGAUGGGUCAAAAGAUGCACACUCCUGUAUUCACAGCGUCCUUGAUUAGUCAUGAGCAGUUUGGUGAGCUUUCUAUUCCUCUCCUGCAGUGAUCUUUCAUCUUCAUCACUAUUGAUCUGGAUGUAAAAGCUACAACUAUGCUUCAUUCUUGGAUUUGUUAUGCUUGUAUCUUUUUAUUUUUAUUUUAAGCAUGAGGAAUAACAUAUGAAGUAACAAAACUGUAUUCAGACUUCACUGGCCUUUCUGAUUCCCAAUCAGAUACAUACACAUGGAUUCAGAUAAAACAAGGUAUGAAUGUGAUAUGCUUUAAAAAAAAAAAAGAUUUGAUGUAUUCUAGCAACUUGACAGAGUUUGUCAGUUUCCAGCUGAAUCCCUCUUUUCAGGGAUUUUAACUCAGCAGCCAUAUUUGUGCUGGGUUCUCAGCUUAGGAGCGCUUAUUUAUUAAUUUUUUUUUACAAAUGAUGGGAUGGGAAGAAAAAUCAAUUCUAUUUUUAAAUUAGAAGAGGCUCAAACAGGAAGAGAAUGAAAAACUAGUGAUAUUUUGUGUGUGUGGCUGCUUUUCUUUUAAGAUAGACUUUUUAAAAAAACAACUGAAAUGUUGCGAUCCGUAAUGUAGAUUACAGACUUUGGCUUUUUUUUUUUUUUUUUUUUUU